AUGUCUUACGUGAAAUCAAGAAAGAAGGCACGUAUGCCUCAUGACCAUGAGUCUGACAGUGAAGAAGGAGGAGGCGAUGCCGUCAGUGACACCAAUUCAGCAAUGACCUCUGACGAAGACUAUGACGACGGCUCGUCAGACGACGACACUAGCAGCCAGAGCGACGAGAGUGGUGACGAAAGUGCCAGCUCAGACGAAGAAGAAGAGAGUGACAAUGGCGAAGACUCAAAGGACAAGAAGGAUACUGCUGUUGUUGGAGAAGAAAAGCAAAAUGCGUCAACGUCAACGGCAUCAGACAUAAAAGAAGAAGAAGAAACAACGCCUCGUCCACCAAAGAUGGAUAAUCUCAACGAGCGUGAAAAGCAAAUCAUUGAACGACGAGAAUAUCGAAGACGUUUGGCUGAAGAUCCCAGUUUUGUACCCUACGUUGGCGGAUUUUGGAGUCAUGACGAUCGAUACAGGAAUGAUGCAUUAAAGCCCACUACCGAUGAUAAGGAUCAACAACCUUCAUCAACACCUCGAUUCGUCUCUCCGCAACAACCAGCAGAAGCACCAUCACAACAACAACAACAACAACAAAGACGACGUUAUCAACAUCGCAAUGUUCAUCGAAAGGUCCCUGAGGAAGUAUUGAAUCAACGAUGGGGUCAUGAUGGAUACGAAGAAUUGAUGCGGAUGGAGGAACUUGAAGAACGUGAAGGACGUAAAUUCAGCACAUUGGAUGAAUAUUAUCGAUCAAAGCGUCAUGGUGGCAAUAAGCAGCAAUAUCAAUCUCGUAAUCGACGUAUGAAAGCGGACAUUCCUGAUGGUGCUGGAGCAAGUAGUCAAUGGCAGCAGGCUGAAACCAUUGUACAGAGCUUUGAUCAACAAUGGCCAACAUUGGAAACCACUGAUAAGGAAGAUACGACUGCUAAUAAGGGAUGGGGAUCGACUACGAAUGAGGACAAAGAGAAUGAACAAUGGGGCUCUACUCCAACAACAACAAAGGAAGAUGAGGGAUGGGGCUCUACAACAACAGCAGCAAAGGAGGAUGAAGGAUGGGGCUCUACAACAACCACAACAACAAAGAAAGAUGAAGGGUGGAGCAACAUUGAGCAACCCCAGACGACUGGAUGGGAUCCAAACAAUGCCGCAGCUGAAUGGAAACAACGCUUUGACACCAAACCACGUAACGACAAAGGUCAACAAUCCAAAUCAAAGCAACCCAUGUCACGUGGCACCAAUGAUACCAAAAAACGCCCACCAGCAUCCAAAAAACCAGUUGCCAGCAAUGAGAAAGAAGAAGAAGGAGAAGAAGUUGAAUGGAAGGCCUUGGCAUCAUGGGAUACUAAGAAAGUUAGCAAUGAUGUUAACUGGAAAAGCGAUGCUAUUGCACAAGACGAGAAUAUUAAGGCUAACGAUGACGACAGCUGGAAUGCAUCUGUACCAUGGGAAGAAGAAGAAAAUGGAGCAAAAUCGACAACGGACAAUGGUUGGGGUGAUGUCAACAAUCAAAGUGCUGAUGAUGGUGAUGAUGGAUGGAAAAAAGCUGCUGAUUGGGGUCAAAGCACGGGUGGAUGGUCUUCGAAAUCCUCUGGUACUGCUAAUGGAUGGGGUGGUGAUUCUUCUUCUUCUUCCAACAAGGCCGAUGGAUGGGGAUCAAGUGCAUCUGGUUCAUGGCGUAAAACAGACAACAAGGACCGGCAGCAACAAUCACCUCGAGAUCAACAACGUCGUGGUCGAGGUUACUUAUCACAAAAGAAGCCAUUGGAAUCGACUACCACCACCACCAAAUCAAAGCCCAUGUCAAAGCACGCCAAGCCGUUUUCACCUUCACAGCCCAUCCAUACGACACCCACGCUACCACCAGCAGCAGCAUCAGAACCAACAUCUGCUCCUGAAAACGCAUCCUCAUCAGUAUACGCAUUUGCAACAGAGCCAUGGCAAUCCUCUGGAUCCCCACGUGAUGAUGCACGUGGUCAUGAGCGUUUUAUUGAGGAUCAAGAAGACCAAGAAUCGGAUGUUGAGAUUAUAUUGGAAGCCGAUACAUCUGCCAGUGCCAGCCGUAGUGAAGUGGAUACUGCAACACCACCACGACAACGUGAUCUAGAAGGCAAUUGGCGAAGACGUGAUCAACAAGAGCCCAUGGUUGGUGGUGAUGAAGGUGAUAAGGAUGAUAUGAUGGCAACGCAAGCAGCUCAACAAGCAGCAGCAGCUCAAGCAGCGGCAGCAGCGGCAGCAAUGCAACAAGGAAUACCCUAUUUUUAUCCACCUGCUAUGGGAGGUUACAUGCCUAUGCCACCGUAUCCAAUUCCAAUGCCCAUGACAUCUGCUUCUGCUGGCGUACCACCCUCAGCUAUGAUGCCAAUGGUCACUAGCGCAGCUCCUACCUCUGUUGAUGCAGCUCCUUCUCCCGCUCCUAAUGCAACAUCCACCACUACACCACCCAAUGGAUCUACAAGCACAGAAUCACCGGACAAUGGAUCCUAUAUGCCUUCUAGUUUUGAAGCCAAUGGAAUGGUUUAUUAUAGUGUCAAUCCAUCUGCCAUGUAUCCUUACUAUUACUAUCCAGCACCUAUGGCCAUGCCCAUGAUGGCAGCACCACCUCCACCUCCACCUCCACAAGCUGGCGCUGAUUCUCCGCGUCAACAAGGCACCAAUAACUCUGUUGACGAUGGUUGGGGUCCUGAACCAGAUCAUAGUGCUCAAGACAGUGGAUGGGAACAUGACAAGAAUUCACAACAAGCUUCUUCUUUCAAUCCUCCUUUUCAUUACUAUCCUUCUUAUUCAUAA